CCAUUAACAGCCCAAGCCAACUCUAGCCCCUGCCAAGAGUUCAAUGCAUUGCAGGCACCAUUCUGGCACAAAGAGGGUUACAGGUGGCGCUGGUGCUGAUUGGCUGCAGCCAGGAGAUGCAGCAUCCAGAGGCAGGAGGCAAGAGCUCCUUGAGGGACCAGCAGCACAGGCUGUAGUGCAGGCAGCCUCAGGUACCCACAGCACAACACGGGACACCCCCACAGCAGGCAACACCCACCUACCACCAUCUUUAGAAGCAAGGAAUUGAAUGCAGGAGCUAGGUGCUCUCUCCCCCUUCCCAUCCAGGCCCCCAUAUCCGAAAAAAGAGGAGGAUGGAAAAUUUGGAGAAUUAAUGCUCCUUCAUUUUGAGCCUUUAAAGGGAAUCUGAGCUACAUCUGACAAUUUCCUCUUUUAUAUUGCCUUCAGCAAUACUGGAUUGUGAGAAACGCUGUGCUUCUGCCCUUUGUUUUUUGGGUUUUAUUUUGUUGGCAGUGCCUAGGUACCAAAACCCAUUUCUAUGGCAUCUAUGGUAGGCACUGCAUAGGUUGGGUGCAUCUGCAUCACUAAGCCUGCCAGCUGCUAUUGUUUUGAGGUUCCUGCCCGGCUAACUGGCCUGGGGCUUACCAUGCACAAACACCAUCACUGCUGCAAGUGCCCAGAGUGUUACGAGGCGUCCCGCAUGUCUGCCCUAAGAAGGAUGGAGCCCCCCACCUAUGGGGAAUGGCAGCACGAGCAGUAUGGGGGAAGCUAUGGGGGUUACAACUCCCAGACCCUGCCAUCUCAGCCUGCUGUCACUCCCACAGCCCGGGGCAAAUCUAAGCUUAUGCCUGCUACACGAGAAAACCUCACCCCCACCCUUAAGGCCCCCCCAAAGAGUGCAACCCCCAAAAUGAAUGGCAACAGUCAAAACUGGUGGCCGGAGUGCACCUGUACCAAUCGGGAUUGGUAUGAGCAGGCUGGUGCUGCUCCUCUCCUGGUGAACACAGACUGCCUGGAUCCAAGCUCCUCAGUCAAUGGCAGCGACACAUUAUAUAAGUAUGAAGAAAUAGUACUAGAAAGGGGCAAUUCUGGUCUAGGCUUCAGCAUUGCUGGAGGAAUUGAUAAUCCACAUGUUCCUGAUGACCCUGGGAUAUUUAUUACCAAGAUCAUUCCAGGAGGCGCUGCAGCAAUGGAUGGUAGACUCAGUGUUUCCGACUGUGUCCUGCGUGUAAAUGAUGUGGAUGUAACAGAGGUUGUACAUAGCAAGUCAGUGGAGGCCUUAAAGGAAGCUGGUCCAGUGGUGAGACUUUUGGUGCGACGCAGACAGAGCCCCCCAGAAACCAUAAUGGAGGUCAACCUGCUGAAAGGACCUAAAGGACUGGGAUUCAGCAUUGCUGGGGGUAUUGGGAACCAGCACAUACCAGGGGACAACAGCAUUUAUAUAACCAAGAUCAUUGAAGGGGGAGCAGCUCAGAAAGAUGGGCGGCUUCAAAUUGGAGACAGACUUCUAGCGGUCAAUAACACUAAUCUACAGGAUGUAAGACAUGAGGAGGCAGUAGCUGCUUUGAAGAAUACCUCAGAUAUGGUUUAUCUUAAAGUCGCCAAACCUGGCCCUGUUCACCUCAAUGAGAUCUAUGCGCCACCUGACUAUGCCAGCACUUUCACAGUAGAUAAUCACAUAAGCCAUAACUCCAGUCUGGGGGGAUACCUGAGUAGUAUGGAAAACAAGUCACCUUAUCCACCUUCCCAAACCCCAUCGAGAUUCUCCCCAGUUCCUCGACAUAUGCUUGGAGAAGAAGAUUUUACCAGGGAACCGCGGAAGAUUAUCCUACAUAAGGGCUCAACAGGACUUGGCUUUAACAUUGUGGGUGGGGAGGACGGAGAAGGCAUCUUCGUCUCCUUUAUUCUUGCAGGGGGACCGGCUGACCUGAGUGGGGAGCUACGCCGUGGGGAUCGCAUCCUUUCUGUGAAUGGGGUGAAUUUACGUAGUGCAACUCAUGAACAGGCUGCAGCGGCUCUCAAACGGGCAGGACAGACGGUGACAAUUGUAGCACAAUACCGACCUGAAGAAUAUAGCCGCUUUGAGUCAAAGAUCCAUGAUUUGCGUGAACAAAUGAUGAACAGCAGUAUGAGCUCUGGAUCUGGUUCUCUGCGUACCAGUGAAAAAAGGUCCCUAUAUGUAAGAGCCCUGUUUGACUAUGACCGUUCUCGGGACAGCUGUCUUCCCAGCCAGGGUCUGAGUUUCUCGUAUGGAGACAUACUACAUGUCAUCAAUGCAUCUGAUGAUGAAUGGUGGCAGGCACGACUAGUUACACCACAUGGGGAAAGUGAACAGAUUGGUGUUAUUCCCAGCAAAAAACGUGUGGAGAAAAAGGAGAGAGCUCGUCUGAAAACUGUAAAAUUCCAUGGACGCUCAGGCAUAGAUUCUAAUAGGUCCAUCAAAUCCAAGCGUAAAAAGAGUUUCCGAUUGUCUCGCAAGUUUCCAUUUUACAAGAGCCUUGUACAGGAGAACAGCACUGCACAAGCUGUAACAUCAAACACCAGUGACAGUGAGAGCAGUUCCAAGGGCCAGGAAGACACAAUUUUAUCAUAUGAGCCAGUCACUCGACAAGAAAUUCACUACGCUCGACCAGUCAUUAUUUUGGGUCCCUUAAAGGAUAGGGUUAAUGAUGACCUCAUAUCUGAGUUUCCACAUAAAUUUGGAUCUUGUGUCCCCCACACAACACGGUCGCGAAGGGAUAUUGAAGUUGAUGGACAAGAUUAUCACUUUGUGGGUUCCCGCGAGCAGAUGGAGAAAGACAUUCAGGAAAACAAGUUCAUUGAGGCCGGACAAUUCAAUGACAACCUUUACGGCACUAGUGUUCAGUCUGUGCGAGCAGUGGCUGAACGGGGAAAGCACUGCAUCCUUGAUGUAUCUGGGAAUGCCAUCAAGAGACUACAACAAGCACAAUUGUUUCCUAUAGCUAUUUUUAUUAAACCAAAAUCUAUAGAAGCUCUCAUGGAAAUGAAUCGGAGGCAAACAUUUGAGCAGGCUCAAAAAAUGUUCGAUAAAGCCACCAAGCUGGAGCAAGAGUUUGGAGAAUUUUUUACAGCCAUCGUACAGGGAGACUCUCUAGAAGAAAUCUACAACAACAUCAAGCAGAUAAUCGAGGAUCAUUCUGGCCAUCACAUCUGGGUGCCAUCUCCUGAGAAACUCUAAGUCUACACUGACCAGAUUAGACAUAAACAACCCCAGCCCUCACCCCCACAGUGUCCUCCAUCAGCCCCCACUUCUGAAUUGUAGGGGUUUUGUGUGAGUUUGUUUGCCAUCAAAUGAGGGAGAUCUCUGUCCCUUCAGUUGCCACAAAAAUGUAUUGGCUCCUGGUAGUUGUCUGAAGCUAUGAGUGAAGGGAUCAAAAUAGUCUAUGAACAUUUGUUUUAUAAAUGCAAAAAAAGGG